AUUUUGUUCUUCUUCUUUUUGACACAGUUCUUCAUUGAAACUUGUCUUUUUCAGUUUUUCUGUUUUAGCUGUAAUUUUUAGGUUUAAAAUGUUGCAAAUGUAAGGCUGUUUACUCUCUUGCUAACAGUUAGACUAUGAGAGUGUUGACCCGUUUACAAAUGCAAUGUUCAGUAUGAGAUCAUACCAGAGGGGGAAGGUUGGCUUGAAAAUUAGAGAAGCCAUAAAAACACAAACACCCAUGUUAACCUCAUUCAAUUCAAAGGUGAUAAAGUCUUCAGAAAGCCAGUUGUUAAUUCACAUGAAGUCCUGUAAAGUCAUUAUUAUAUUUACACUUUAAAAAAAUACAGUAAGAAAUGUUGUUUACUGUAGCAUCAUAGGGAUGGAGCAGCAACAUCCUGUAACUCGACAAGAAAGAUAAUAAACUACCUCAAAUAAAAUAGCUUUUUCAUCCUGGCAGAGAAGUAUUCUUGUUAUGAAAACAGAUAUUUAAAGCUGUGCAGAAUAGUUAAUGGUCAUCCUACCUUUAGAUCAGGCUAUGCAGUUUGACUUAUAUUUCAGUGCUCUUGUACAACUCUUCUUGUUGAUUCUUAUCAACCCUCAGAUGCACCAACAGUCACACUGGAGCAGAAUCCAGCACAUAAUUUAAUGCACUCUGAGGACUCCGUCUCCUUUAACUGUCACGUUAAUGUUUCCUCUGGAUGGGAGUAUCUGUGGUACAAAGAUGACAAGGAGUUGGUCUUACCUGGAAACAAUUACAACAUCACUUCUGUGACAACAAAAGACUCUGGUUCAUAUAAAUGCAAAGUUAGCAGAGGAACAGAGAUCUCAAAACUAAGUAACAUAGUGAAGCUCAAAGUUGAAGAGCGCCCAAAGGCUUCUAUAGUCCUGCUAACUGGCUGGUCAGACGUCUUCUCCACUGAUAGCUUGAUUCUAUUAUGUGAAGUAAAGGAGAGCACGCACAACUGGACGCAUUACACAUGGCUCAAAGAGGAGGGAAAAAUCGAUUCAUUCUCUGAGAAACAUGCAGUAACUCCCAGCAAUGACCCAGACCAGAGUACUUACACCUGCCGUGCACAUGCUGAUGAGAGACCCUUAUACUCAAAAUCCAGUGACUCUUUCAAGACCAAGAACCUUCUUUUAAAGAGGAGGGUGCUUCUUUCCAUCUCUGGCUGCAUCGUCUUUGGUAUCGCCGCGGUCUUUAUAGGAUGCGUGGCCCUGAGAGUCUUCCGCAAACCAAAUGGUCGUGAUGACAAAAUGGAAGAGGUCAAUCUGUUUCCGACAAUGGCUGAGCUAAAGAUAACUGAUGUACCGUGUCCACUGGUUGAGUACAUCACUGAUGCCUCUCUGAAUGCACCAGCUAAAGAAGAAGAGGAGGAGAAUGGCACAGUUUGCAAUGAAACAACACCCUUACCUAUAACCAAGCAGGAGGACCAAGCUGCAACGACUGACAACCAGGAAACAACAGAAACCAACGGUGGGCUGAGUUCUUUUCUAAAAUGAGCCAAUGAAGAAGUCUUUGCAUCAACAACAUGCCUAUCAAUGAGUCAGCAGACUUACUUCAGCUCUGUGAGGCUUUAAUGGUCAGUGCACACCAGAAAACAACAUCUUUGUGCAAUAUAGUGAUGUGGCUGUCACAGGAAAUCUGAAACUCAGCUGAAGAUCAUUAAGAUUGAUGUAAAAGGUUUUCGUUUAAGAAGUACUCUGUCAUGACCCGACAGCUGGAAACUCUUCAGGGCUAGGUAGAGUUUUUAAAAAACCAGCUACUGAAAAAAAUAAACAUAUCAGCUUUCAUAAAAUAUGCAUGAACAGAUAUUUUAUACACACAUGACCAAAAAGCACAAAACUGUUGAGGAUUUAUGCAUCGUUUAAUUCACAUUGUUUGAAUGAAUUUGGUUUUUAAGGCACUGUUAAAUAGAAAAAAACAUUAUUUAUGAGCUGAACAUCAUUUAUAAUCACUGUUCAUUUUGAGUUGCUGUAUAUAUUUUACAUGUACGAUGACGUGGAGGAGAAUUUAUUCAAGCAGCAGAUAUCAGCAGAUGUAACAUAAACUGUGUUGUUCUCCGAAGUUUAUUUUUACUGUAACGAUGAAUGUCACUUUUGUUCUUUGUUUCUUGCUUUGUUUUCUAACCACUUGGAUGUUGAUUAGUUGAUAUAUUUAUGUAAAAAUUCAAGCAUUUUAAGUGUCCACAUGAAUUGCGUUAAUAAAAAGUAUAAAAUGUU